GGGGCGCCGCUUGAUGGCGUCGGGCUGGGGCGCCGCUUGAUGGCGUCAGGCUGGCCCGCCGCAGUCCCGGCGGUGGCCCGGGGGCGAAGGCCUCCCCUCUGAGAGGGCCUGCGACCCCAGCUUGCUGCGGCUACGGGGGGCGGAAACUGGAGGCACAGGCCUUCCCUACACUUCGCCAUGAGUUUCCUGAUCGACUCCAGCAUCAUGAUCACCUCUCAGAUACUUUUCUUUGGAUUUGGGUGGCUUUUCUUUAUGCGCCAACUAUUUAAGGACUAUGAGGUACGUCAGUAUGUGGUACAGGUGAUCUUCUCUGUGACUUUCGCAUUCUCUUGCACCAUGUUUGAGCUCAUCAUCUUUGAAAUCUUAAAGGUAUUAAAUAGCAGUUCCCGUUAUUUUCACUGGAAAAUGAACCUGUGUGUAAUCCUUCUGAUCCUGGUUUUCAUGGUGCCUUUUUACAUUGGCUAUUUUAUUGUGAGCAACAUCCGACUAUUGCAUAAACAGCGAUUACUCUUCUCCUGUCUCUUAUGGUUGACCUUCAUGUACUUCUUCUGGAAACUAGGAGAUCCAUUUCCUAUUCUCAGCCCAAAACACGGGAUUUUGUCCAUAGAACAGCUCAUCAGCCGAGUAGGUGUGAUUGGCGUGACUCUCAUGGCUCUUCUUUCGGGAUUUGGUGCUGUCAACUGCCCAUACACUUACAUGUCCUACUUCCUUAGAAAUGUGACUGAUGCAGAUAUUGUAGCCCUGGAACGGCGACUGCUCCAAACCAUGGAUAUGAUCAUCAGCAAAAAGAAAAGGAUGGCAAUGACACGGAGAACUAUGUUCCAGAAGGGGGAGGUGCAUAACAAACCAUCAGGAUUCUGGGGAAUGAUAAAAAGUGUUACCACUUCAGCACCAGGAAGUGAAAAUGCCCAUUUUGUGCCAGAUCUUACUCUUAUUCAACAGGAAGUGGAUGCUUUGGAAGAACUAAGCAGGCAGCUUUUUCUGGAAACAGCUGAUCUAUAUGCUACCAAGGAGAGAAUAGAAUAUUCCAAAACUUUCAAGGGGAAAUACUUUAAUUUUCUGGGUUACUUUUUCUCUAUUUACUGUGUUUGGAAAAUUUUCAUGGCAACCAUUAAUAUCGUUUUUGACCGAGUUGGAAAAACUGAUCCUGUCACAAGAGGCAUUGAGAUCACUGUGAAUUAUCUGGGAAUCCAAUUUGAUGUGAAGUUCUGGUCUCAGCACAUUUCCUUCAUUCUGGUUGGAAUAAUCAUUGUCACAUCUAUCAGAGGAUUACUGAUCACUCUUACCAAGUUCUUUUAUGCCAUCUCCAGCAGUAAGUCCUCCAACGUCAUUGUCCUGCUAUUAGCACAGAUAAUGGGCAUGUACUUUGUCUCCUCCGUGCUACUGAUUCGAAUGAGCAUGCCUCUAGAAUACCGCACCAUAAUCACUGAAGUCCUUGGAGAACUACAGUUCAACUUCUAUCACCGUUGGUUUGAUGUGAUCUUCCUGGUCAGUGCUCUCUCCAGCAUACUGUUCCUCUAUUUGGCUCACAAACAAGCACCAGAGAAGCAUAUGGCACCUUGAACACGUGCCUGUUACAGACUGCGACAGGCCAAUGGUGUCAGGAUUUGGAUGUAAGAGGAAAAAAUGGAGGGGACCAGGGCGUAAUCUUUUUUAAACAAUCAAAAUGCUGAGGUAGCAUAUUCUACCCUCAGCUUAUGCCUUCCUCCUCAGUGGAUACUAUGAUCAUGAGUAGCAUUACCUAGAACAUGAGAGUGUGAAGUAAACUCAAGCUAGCACUCAGCAGAGAGCAUUCCAUGGGGGUUUGAAGCUGGUGCAGCAUCGGGACAAAGAGGUGGGAAAAAGCCAAGAAACUAGGUGGUGGGAAUACACUGGAACCUGGGGAAAGGGGCAGUCACGGGUAGCUGUGCCAGACACCCAGAUUUUCUGUUCAAGGCUCACAGGGAGGAGGUUAUGGCUUUCCCUUAAGAUCGACUAUCAUUAAAAUCAGAUUGUAACUCUUUGGCUUUAGCUUCAUUUUAUCAAGGGUAGCUUGGUGUAGUGUGUUUAUGCAAUCUAACAUGAGUUGGCAUUCCCCUGCCAACCCCUGCCCCAUUAAAAUAACCAACAGGUUCUCUGUUCUUGUCUGGAGAUAGGACAGUGUGCUACUGAAAUCGAUUCUACUGAGAGCAUUCAGGUAUAUCAUCUUUAUUGAUUUCCUUUUAAGUUAGUAUCACCUGAGAAUGAAUUACUGUACAUUUAAUUUGCUGAUGUUGCCUCGUUUUUUGUUUUUUGUUUUUUUCCUUCCAUCUGCCCUUCAUGCUGUGGGGGUAAAACAAUGAAUAACUGUUAACUGGAAUAAGUCAUUUUCCUAUCCUAGACCCUACUCUCUCAUCUGUCAAAGCACAAUGCUAGACAGUUUAUAGAACACUGCGAAAUGCAAUUUGUGGAAAGCCAUCCUGAGUUUUAUUACCAGGAAGUCUCUAAGAUCUUAUGCUGAAGUUUACUGUGGUUUGGGUUUCUAGAGGCAAAAUGAAGGGUAAAGCAUAAAAGCAAGUUUACAAAAAACAAAAGCACUAUUAAGGUUUUAUCAGCUAACAGGGAAGAUUCAAGUAUACUCGAGAGGCAUUUUUAAUGGCAUCUAUUUUAGCAAUCACAACAUUCUUACAAAAGCAUAAUUUUAAUAGGCUUAUCUGCUCAGAUAUUUUAUAGCAGCUCUCACAUAUACAGAUUUAUGAAUCAUCUUUAGUGCACAAGAAGCCUAUAGAAUUAAGAAAUAUCAUAUAGAGAAAUGUAGUGAAGUUGAAGCUUGAAAGAGAUCACAUGUAAAGAAUCUGGUUGCUGCCUUAAGUUGACCAUAAAUAAACCAUCUAUUGCAAUAGUCACCCCCAAGACAAAUAACAACAGAAGACAGUCAAACAUGAUGAAGCGGUUCCCAGAGGAGUUCUUCUCUAAUAGAGACAGUAAAUGGGUGGCAGCUCAUUCCUCGGGAAAGGAUUUGUACUAAAUACCCAGGAACAGCUGUCAGCCAAAGCCAUUAUUUGCUUUCAUCACAUCUCUGUGUCUUCAGAAUUGGAAGAAGAAUGUGAGGCUGUACUGUGAGCCUGUGCAAAAGAAAACAAAGGAUCUGUAAGUGCGAGAGUGUGAAUGUCAGCAGUUGAAUGACUUAAGGCAGGGAGUAGAGUCACUCACUAGAAGCCAGGUAACCUGAAUUUCACACUUGGCUUUGUUUCUACUUUGCUGUUUGACAGUAACAAAUUUCUUAAUGUCUGUAUCUCUUUUCUAUAAUUGCCUAGCCCUAUAACUGACUUGCUAUAGAAAUAGAGAAUUCUUUAAAGACAAGUAGAAUGCUUUCUUUGCUAAGCAAUCAAGAAUGGAAGGUCAAUGGCUAUUGUGUGUGCUAUGGUCUAAAUGUUUGUAUCUCCCCAAAAUUCAUAUAUAGAAAUACUAAUCCUAAGGUCAGGUGAUAUUAGGAGGUAGGACCUUUGGGAGGUGAUUGGGUUAUGAGGGCAGAGCCCUCAUGAUUGGGAUUAAUGCCUUAUGAAAAAAGGUCCCCCCAGGGCUCCAUAUCCCCGUCUACCAUGUGAGGACAUAGCAAGAAGUUGGCCAUCUCCCACCUGGAUGAGGGGUCUUCCCCAGUCACCAGAUCUGUCAGUGACUCAAUUGAUCUUGGACUUUUCACCUUUUAGAACUGUGAGAAAUAAAUGUGUGUGAUUUAUAAGCCA